UUGACGCUGCCGGGGGCGGACUGACGACUGGAGGCGCUGGCCGGCUCAGGGAGUUCCCGCUGGCCCUGGGUCGCUGUCGUCGCCUGGUAGCUCUCGCCCCGAGGUACGCCUGUGAGGCCGGCUGCCGGCAGACGUCACCUCGGGAUGGAGCACAUCCGGACGACCAAGGUUGAACAAGUAAAAUUACUUGACCGAUUCAGUACUGGAAACAAGUCACUGACGGGAACACUGUAUCUUACGGCCACACAUCUGUUAUUUAUAGACACUCAUCAAAAAGAAACCUGGAUAUUACACCACCAUAUUGCCUCAGUGGAGAAACUUGCUUUGACUACUUCUGGAUGCCCACUUGUGAUUCAGUGCAAGAACUUCAGAAUUGUGCAUUUUGUUGUUCCUCGAGAAAGAGAUUGCCAUGAUAUUUACAACUCUUUGCUACAAUUGUCAAAACAAGCAAAAUAUGAAGAUCUCUAUGCAUUCUCUUAUAAUCCCAAACAAAAUGAGGCUGAACGACUACAAGGUUGGCAGCUAAUCAAUCUUGCUGAGGAAUAUAAGAGGAUGGGAGUGCCAAACUCCAAUUGGCAGCUGUCUGAUGCCAACCGAGAAUACAAGAUUUGUGAAACUUAUCCCAGAGAACUUUAUGUUCCCCAGAUAGCAAGCAAACCAAUCAUUGUUGGUAGUUCCAAGUUCCGGAGCAAGGGAAGAUUCCCAGUUCUUUCUUACUACCAUAAAGAUAAGGAGGCCGCCAUUUGUCGAUGUAGUCAACCACUGUCGGGAUUCAGUGCCAGGUGCCUGGAAGAUGAACAUUUGCUUCAAGCCAUUAGUAAAGCCAAUCCAGUCAAUCGCUAUAUGUAUGUCAUUGAUACUAGGCCCAAACAUCGCAUGCAGAGCUGGUGGGCUACACAAAAGGACAUUGGCAGAAUUAUAGUGAGGAUUUCUUCAAAAAUCUGGAAUGUUGAGAAAAUAAGAGAAAGCGAUGAGAAAAAGCGACUGAAUGCAAUGGCCAACAGAGCAGCUGGAAAAGGUUAUGAAAAUGAAGACAAUUAUUCUAGUAUUAGAUUUCAGUUUGUUGGGAUUGAAAAUAUUCAUGUCAUGAGGUCCAGCCUUCAGAAAUUAUUAGAAGUCAAUGGUACCAAAGGACUUUCUGUCAAUGAUUUCUACUCCGGUUUGGAGAGCUCAGGAUGGCUUCGGCAUAUCAAAGCUGUUAUGGAUGCUGCAAUCUUCUUAGCUAAAGCAAUAAUGAUUGAAAAUGCAAGUGUGUUGGUACAUUGUUCUGAUGGUUGGGAUAGGACUUCCCAAGUUUGUUCCCUUGGUUCUCUUCUGUUGGAUUCCUAUUAUAGGACAAUCAAAGGAUUCAUGGUAUUAAUAGAAAAAGAUUGGAUCUCUUUUGGACAUAAAUUUUCAGAUAGGUGUGGCCAUUUGGAUGGUGACCCAAAGGAAGUCUCUCCAGUAUUUACUCAGUUCUUGGAAUGUGUGUGGCAUUUGACCGAACAGUUUCCUCAAGCCUUUGAAUUCAACGAAGCAUUUCUUCUUCAGAUCCAUGAACAUAUUUAUUCAUGCCAAUUUGGAAACUUCCUUGGAAAUUGUCAGAAGGAAAGAGAAGAACUCAAAUUGAAGGAGAAGACUUAUUCCCUAUGGCCAUUUCUUUUGGAUGAACAGAAGAAGUACUUGAAUCCUCUCUAUAGUUCCAAAUCUCAGAGAUUUACAGUUUUGGAGCCAAAUACAGUAUCUUUCAAUUUUAAGUUUUGGAGAAACAUGUAUCAUCAGUUUGAUCGAACAUUGCACCCUCGACAGUCUGUAUGUAAUAUAAUUAUGAAUAUGAAUGAGCAAAAUAAACAGUUAGAGGAAGAUAUUAAAGAUUUAGAAUCUAAAAUUAAACAACGUAAAAAUAAGCAAACAGAUGAUAUCCUCACCAAGGAAUUGUUACUUUCUGUUCAUCCUGAGUCACCUACUCUCAAAACUUCCCUGUGUUUUAAAGAACAGACUUUGCUACCUGUGAAUGAUGCUCUUCGAACUAUAGAGGGCAGCAACCCAGCAGAUAAUCGUUACAGUGAAUAUGCAGAAGAGUUUUCCAAGUCUGAACCUGCUGUCGUCAGCUUGGAGUAUGGCGUGGCAAGAAUGACUUGUUAGACUCCUAAGUGUUUUCUAGACUGCAGGGCAAGAAAUGGGUUAUUUGCAAGGAUGAUCUGUGCCCAUGGCCAAAAGGAACUUGUCUAUUAAUGAUUUUAGGGUUUAACAGUAAGUUAAUAGUUGAAGAAAGGAUAAUAACUGCUCUUGUGAGAAAAAUAAGUCAGUUUAAUCGCAUUUCUAGCAAGUAAUGACAGUCAGUUCUAUAAGAAAUAAGUGGCACUUGUUAGAUUUACUCAAAAGAGAAUUCUCACUGUACACUAGUGAAUUGACCGCUCUGUAUGAUUUAUAUGUUAAUUACAGCCAAACAUGAACAGCCUUCCUUAAAUGUAAUUUAACUGCAAGAAAGCAAAACUUGACAAAAUGGUCCUUAAUAAAUAACAUGGCAUGUGCGUUCAAUUAUGUAACUGUGUAACUAUGAAUAUUUACUUAUUUUGCCUAUUAGUGAUGUUUAAUGUUGAAGUGCCAUGAAUAAUAUUUCUAAGAAAGCCUUAAAAAAAAUCUCAGUUUAUUCUUUACCCAUAAGUUUUAUAGCCAGAACAAGAUUUUUUUUAUUUUUGAUCUUCUUCUGGUCAGCCUUGUUAGUAUUGUAAAGAAUUGUGCUCCCAUGACUAUAGGCAUUGCAUGCUACAAUACUCCGAUACAAACAGUUGCUGAAGUACAUUGUUUAGUUCACGUUCAGCCUGCCUCACUUCCAUAUUCAAAAUGAAUGAAGCUGAAGGUUUUGUUCUGAUUACACUUUGUUUAGUGCUACUUUUGAUGAUUUACUGUUCACAGCUUAGACUGAUAAUCGAUUUCUUGAAAUACAUAUAAGCACAUUUGACUGUCUUUUAUAUAUGGAUUAUAGCAUUCUGUUGAUUAUUUUGUGAUUGGCUUUAUUCCUUUGGUAACUUUUAAAUUUAAAGAACUGAAGCUCUAAACUGUUCUUAGAAACAGUGAAUAAUACAUACAUACAUAUUUAAACUGCCUUAUCUUUCAGUGAGUUGCUAUUUCUGCAAUAUACAACUUUCAGUUUACGUAAAAACUUUUGGGUUAAAUAAAAAGGGAAGUAUGGAUAGAUUAGAUUUUGCUUGGGUGCAUGAAUUUUAAAACAUUUCUAUGUGGGACAUAUUUUUCUUCUCAGUUAAAUAUAGAAGAAAAGGAAAAUUAAGGAGAACUUAGCAUAAAAUUAAUGUUUAACAAAAGCAGCUUAAACUCUGGAAAAGGUUUCAGUUUUACUAUGUGAUAUUAAUUGUUUAGUCUGCAUACUUGUACAUAUCUUUAAAUAACAAACAAAUUUGCAACUGUAUCAGUAUCACCCAGCUGGCUGUAACCUUGACAGUUUUAGUAACUGGGUGACAUGAGGCAUCAUUCAAGCAUAUUAGGAUACUAGGAAAUGUGCAUAGGACCCCUCAUGCUUCUCGUUAGUACACCUGUAUCUAUUGUCUUGGUUUUGAACAUAAACAUCUUUUUCAUGUGAAAAAAAGCUUUAUCAUAUCAAAGCUUAUCUGAUCCUGUUUAUUUUUCCAGUGAUUUUUCUGUAAUACAUUAUAUAAUAAGAAAAAUACUCCUUUUUAAACAAUAACAAAUGUAUUAUUGAAUAUAGUAUGUGAUUAUUAACCAUUCCUAUUUCCAUAUUUAAGCCUUGGGAAAGGGAACUUAAUCUCUGUAACUACAAAGGGAAGCUUUUGUGCCUUGGUUCCAGUCAUUGAUUGUGGUUUUAAAAUCUUCUGUGGCAGAUUUUUUAUAUUCAACUCUUUGGUUUAUUAUCUCUUUCUUCAACUUUAGGCCUAUAUGCGUGCGUGCGCGCGUGUGUGUGUGUGUGCGUGUGUGUGUGUCUGUCUGUAUGUUCACAUAUGGACUCAAACAUCAGUUAACAUUUUAAGUGACCUAUCGGGCAUAUGUUGGCAAAAAGCAGAUUGUGUAUAUGUCUUUUAAAAUCGGAUUUUUUUUCAAUGUGUUUAGAUGUAUUGCAUGUAAAUUAUUUCAUUUACUAUUUAAAGGCAAUUAAAUGUUUGUUUUAUUUUGAAUGUUUUUCUUUUGGGAAAAAAGAAAAGGGGCUGGAUGAUGCAGCAGUAAAAUGGAAUGCUCUGAGGCUGACCCACCUGGGAGGAUUCCAGGUUUGCGCCCGGAUCCCUCCCCGAGUGUGUCAGGCACGCGUGUGUCCAUGAUCUGGGACUGGCUAAAGCUGUGGGUGGGUUGUGGCAUUUAGACCCUGUUGGGGGUUCUCUUUUUGUCUCUUUUCAUUUCUCCCACCCUUCAUUCCUUCCUCCCUCCUUCCCCCUCCUGUUGCUCAUGGAAGAAAUAAAUAAAUUUUAAACAAAACAAAGUGACAAUAAAUAAGAUCAAGUCGCGUGGUGAGUUUUUUCCUCUCACCUAGGAGAAUGGAUCUCCAUGUUUCAUUAACAUAACAGUUUAAAGUGAGCAGUUCGUUUUCCAACAGAUGUUGAUAAAUAAUACUUAUGUACAAAAAAAUUUUGAACAUAUUCAUAAUAGGCAUAAUGAGCUAAAAGGCUCAACAAAUAUCAUGAAUACUAGUAUUAAAUUUUUCUUUCACCUCAUCACUUGCAGAUCCUCCAAUCAGUAUUUUAUUAUACUCUUGCCAGCUUGGUGGUUGAAGGCAUGAUCCAGCGAGUACAUACAUUCAAGGUAAAAGAUCUCUCCAAAGGCAUGCCUUGAUGUUAAUACAAGGAAGAUAUCGACUGGCUGAAAAGAGGAAAUUUUGUUGUGGGUAUUUUGAAUAGGUCAGCUAGGCUGUAGCUUAGGGAAUCUUGAGUAAAUAAAGAUAAAGGGAACCUUUCUUCUUUUUAAAUUCUAUAUAUUUGAGUAGCAGAACUGGGAUGAGGCAAGUGUCAGUAUAUAUAUACAUAUAUAUCUAUACAUAGAUACAUGUUUUAUAGAUGUUCAGCUUCAAAAUACUGAAAAAUGUCCAGUUUUCUUUUUCAUUGGAGUAAAUGCUGAUUAUCUACAAAACUAUGUAACAAUUUCAAACUUUUAUUAGGACAUUGAUCCAUUUUCAUUAGUCAUGUUUAGUUAUUUUGUUGGCUUUUGCAUGUAGAAGUCCAAGAGACAUUAGCAAACCUUGACUAAAUAAAUUGUGGAAGCUAUUAUACUUAUGUUUGUGUGUGCAUGUGUAAAUUGUAAGCUUUAGAAACAUAUUUAAAAGAUAUCCUGGAGUAUAGAAAAAUAUCAAAAAAGACCCUGUGCUCUUGUCAUUGAUGUACCUUAAGAGAAAAUAUGAAACAUGCAUCCCUGCCAUUUUAAUAAAUACUACGAUAGUUAGUUCUAGGAAAACACAAUAUCCUUUUGCACAGUACCUUUUAUAAAAUAGCAGAAUGUAUACCUGAAAGCAACUUUUCAGAAGGUGGUAGUAGACUCUACAGCCCUACUCUUGGAUAUCUGAUUCCUUAGGUAUGGC